CAACUACACAGUCUCAAAACAAGACUGUAAGCGGUUUGAGUACAAGUGGAGGCAAUGAGAGCGGCGGAGCUAAGGAUAUCGCAAAUAAGAGCAUUUCGAUGACUGAUAUGUAUUUUGACAACUCGGAGCCUAGCGAGAAUGUUGGCCAAAUACACUUUUCUCUGGAAUACGACUAUCAAAAUACCACACUAAUAUUGAAAGUUUUGCAGGGUAAAGAGCUACCAGCUAAAGACUUAAGUGGCACAUCUGAUCCAUAUGCUCGCGUUACAUUGUUGCCUGAUAAAAAACAUCGCUUAGAGACCAAAAUUAAGCGACGCACUUUAAAUCCUCGUUGGAAUGAAACAUUCUAUUUUGAAGGCUUUCCCAUACAAAAACUUCAGUCUAGGGUACUACAUUUACAUGUGUUCGACUACGAUCGGUUCUCCCGCGAUGACUCUAUUGGGGAAGUUUUCCUACCACUAUGUCAGGUUGAUUUCGCUAGCAAGCAAUCAUUUUGGAAAGCACUGAAACCACCGGCUAAGGAUAAAUGCGGUGAAUUGCUUUCAUCGCUCUGCUAUCACCCAUCAAAUUCAAUACUAACAUUAACAUUGAUUAAGGCUCGAAAUCUGAAAGCAAAAGAUAUCAAUGGCAAAUCAGAAGUGGCUUUUUGAAAUAGUAUUUCGCACGGGCCUCUCUGGCGGACAUUCUCAGCGCUUCUGAAUGAAGUCACUAGUGACGGAAACAACUUCCACGGAGUC